AUGAAAGAAAAAAAAAUAACUUUUUAUGGCAGAUUCGAAUCAGAUAUUUUAAAAGGAUUAAAAACCAUUACAAUUAGAAAUAGAUUAGAGUCCCAUUACUCAAAAGGUGAAAUAUUAAAUGUUUACAGAUACGAAGAUAAUGUAUUUUUUUGUACUAUAGAGAUAGACGAUGUAUCAACAAUAGAUUAUAAUCAACUAAAUGAUAACCAUGCCAAGCAAGAAAACAUGACUUUAGAUCAAUUAAAAGAAGUAAUAAAUAAUAUUUAUCCAGGAGAGCAAAGCCUCUAUGUUUUAUCUUUCCAUCUUGUUAAUUAA